CUGGCAAAGUCUCACUUCAGUGGUGUUUCUAAGGAAACAGCAGGGCAACACACGUUUACAAAUCCGCUCCAAUGAAUUUACUGGCUCGAAUCCGCAUGGAGAAGAGGAAACAGUACAGCGAGGCAAACAAGGGGAAAAAGAUAUUAAGGGAACACAAGCAAACCAAAAGACGAUCACGUGAACCUGCGAGAUCUUGGUAGAGAAGCGAAGAGAGUCCUGUUACCAUGGAUACAGCUGGACGCAACUAGGACAUGGAUGUUAUUAAGCGUGUGGCAAAGUCUCUGAGGAAGCUCCCAAGUUCAACCAUCCAGUCAGAAGGCAACCUGAGUAACAGAUCAGAGAGUAAGAGAGUACAGGGAGGAGCUUUCAGCUAGACUCGCCUGGCUGUGACUCUCACCCACCCAGCAUGUAAUACUCUCAGAGGCUUGGUCAGAAACACUUCACGCUGAGCUAAGGACCAUGACUUGUUGUGACGAAGUGGAACGUGUAUGGCGAGAGCGACUGCAGCGUUGUCAGAGGCAGUUGAAGGCCAAAGAGGAUGAGAUGGGUCGACAGUCCCACUACUUUGAUAACCUGAAACACCAACUCCACCACAAGCUUAGCCUGGCAAGGGACAGAGAGGAAAGCCUGCAGAGGCGCAUUUACACUUUAGAGAAGCAGCUACUGGACAUGACUGUGAGUGCGGCCACUGAUGUCACAGCAUUGAGCGCGGUCCGAAUUGCGCCCAAGACCGAAAGUCACUUGCAGGAGCCAGGUGCUAGAGAAGAGUGUGAAGGAGAAGAAGAGAAAAAUGAAUGCAGAAGGAGGCAAUGGCAUUCAAACAAUGGAGGAGAGCGAGAUGGAAGGCAGGAAGAGGACGAGGGAACAACUGAAAAUAAAAGGAGUACAGACAACAAACAGAACUCAAAUGAGGUCAGGUUGCAAGGUUUCAUCGUGACCCUGCAGGAGGAUCUCAGGGUGCUGCUGGAGAGAGAGGAAAGUGGCAUGACAGAACAUAGGAGGCUGAUAGAGCAGCUCCAGGAGGCAGAGGAGAACAGCCUUUUCCUGUGCUGCAAGGUGGAUGAGGUGAAGGUCGAGCUACAACAGCUGAAUUUGUCUGAAAGUGUCCUGACUAAGGAGGUGGAAGACCUCAGAGUGGAAAACCACAGACUCAAACAUGACCUGAAGGAUGCCGCUAAACAACGAACUCCCAGCCAGUCAUCUGCAAUCUCUGCUGAUGUUUGCUCUGCUGCCUCUGACGCUAGUACAAUUGUACAUUGUGCCGAGGGAAGCUCUGAAAAGGUAUUGGGCUUGCAUGAUGCAGUUUCAGUUACCCACCACCAGGCUGCAGCAGCGACCUCCAAGAGUGCCACCAAAGCUCCUGCGAUUACUGCCAAACAUGGCCCUCUGUAUACAGCUGAAAACCACGCUCCAAGCAUUUUUCCUCACCCGAGCCUCCAAACCUUCAACUUGGCUUCAGAGACCAUUGGAGAGUGGGGCUCUCCUGGGGGCUUCAAUGUGGAGGCCACCCACAGCGAAGAAUCUGAAGCCUUGCGGGAGGCAUACAGGAGCUUAGGUUUAGGCGAGGACCUUGAGGGUCUCAGAGAGCAAUGUGAACACCUGGAGGUAGCCCUUCAGCAAUCAAAGCAGCAGCUGCAGGUAAUGGCUCAGGAGAACGCACAACUGAAACUACAACUCAGAAACCAAAGAGAGGAGAAGCAAAAGUUUGGCGCAACUUUAACCAGUACUGAGGCCGAAGCUUGCCAAUCUCCUGGUCAAGAUGAUGUCACCGACCACAACGGCCUUCUCCAUGCCCUCAAUCAGGAAAACCGAGCCUUGGCUCUCCGCAUUGAGGAGCUGCUGGCUCACAUUGAGCUCAAUCAGGACGAAAUGGAGAGAGAGCAAUCUCAACUGAGGGCAAGUAUUUUGCGUCUGCAGGAAGACAAAGCCAAGCUGGAGCAGGAGAAGCAAGAACACGGCUGUCUUAUCAAUGAACUCACCAGAAAGACAGAGGAUGAUCUCAAUACAAUCAUGGAGCUGCAGCAAAAGUUAGAAGAGCGUGUGGAUUGUUGUAAACAAAACCACGUGGGAAGGUUUCCAGAAAACCACCCAGAAGAGAGAGUGGCAAUAGAGCAAGACGGAGCACAAAGUCAUCUCCUGGUGAAGUCACUUAGUGAUCAAGUGAAGCAGCUCAACAAGUCCAUCCAGAGCCUGAAAGCUGAGCAAGGGCAGCUACGUGGUUGUGUGGUAACUCUUAGAAAGGAACACGGGGAAAUCUCUCUGUCAGUCCAAACACAGACUCAGGAGAAACAGCACAUAACUCGGACAAUAUGGGCACUCAAAGGGGAGAAGGACGGGAUCGCUGGAUCUCUGGAUGGUCUUAAGCAGGAGCGAGACCAAAUAAUCAGGGUGCUCAGCGGGCUGAAGGAUGUGCAAGUUCGUCUUUCAAAGUCUGUGAGAGAUUUGGAGGAAAAGAAAGCAAAGCUCGCCGAGUCUUGUUUGGUCCUUGAAAGAGAAAAAGAAAAACUGUUCGAGUCGCUGUCAGGUGGAAAAGAGGAGCUCAAACAAAUUGCACAGACAGUGCAACAUUUGGAGCGAGAGAAGGACCAAUUAAGUCAGACGGCAGACAAACUAAGAGAUUGUCUUCAAGAGUCAACAGAUAAGAAUCAACCUCGCCAACAUUUACAAGGGGACUAUGACAGUCUGCUAAAGUCAAUUAGCAGUUUGAAGAACGAAAAAGUAAAAACUGAACAUUCAGUCCGAUGUUUGAAACAAGAGGAAGCGCAGAUAAUGAAAUUACUUCAGUCUCGAAGAGAACAAAUGAGUGGCCAACAAACUGAUCGUCACAGUCAGACGCAAUACAACAAGAUGGAGACUGAAAUAGAAAACAAACAAAAUGUUGGAACCACUAUACAGGAAUCAAGUGAGCUGGUGAGAGUUAUUGAAGUUGUCAGAGAAGAACUAAAAAAGUCACAGCAAGAACUGGACAAAAGACAUGCAGAGAACACGGCGCUACAAAUGCAGUUGAGUCAAUCGGAAGCCAGGAAGCAAAUUGCUGCGAAGCAAGCAUCCCUAGCAGGUGAUGAGGUUAAGAGGCUGACAGAUCUCGUCAACCAAACAGAUACAAUCUGUAAGAAAAAUGGAUACCUUACCACUCAGGUCAACGAGUUGCAAAGCAAAAUCUCUGUCCUCGUCAAGGAAAAGACUGCCACUAUGUCACUGAAGUCACAAAUUGAAGACCAAUACAACAUGCUCACAGCUCAGCUUAAAGCCAAGACGGUAGCGCUAGAGGAGCUGAACUCUGAGUACAUUACUCUGAAAAAAGAGCGGGACAACAACGAUGACCUCAGUGCUCUCAUGUCUCUCCGCACACGUUACAAUGACGUCAAAGCCAAGUAUGACGCACUGCAGAAAACAAGGAGCCAGUCCGAUGUGGAUCUAGUAGUUCCCUUAAAGGCCAAGCUUUCCUGCCUGGUGCUAAAAUGUCAAGAGAGAAACAACUUAUUGGCACAGAUGAUGAGAGCCUUGCACAGGCACAACGUUGUGGAUUCCACGCUGACACAGCGGGCUGAUGAGCUGCUCAGAGACACGGUACUACUCGAGUACUCUGCUGCAUUCGCACCUGGAAGCUUUGCAAAGGACCAGGAAUGUGGGCUCACGCCGAGAUUUGUUCCCAAAUUCCACAACUACAUAAAUGGACACACUCGGACCGAAAGCAGAGAACUGAAAGAAACAAAACACCCUUCUUUGGAGGAGUCGAUGACAAACGUUCCCGAUCGCAGUCGCGAUGUCCUGUGUAUGCCAAUUGUGCAAAGGAAGCGAAAUGCCAACUCACUUGUGCCAAGUACGCAAGCGGACCACCAGAUGCCACCAUUAGCUGAACCUCAGAAUGCCGAACAAACCUUUCUUUCCCCCUCUGCCACUGGACAUGAAAAAAGAUCGCUGGAUAGUAGACCCAAGUCAUGCCCUGGUCCAUCUAACACGUGCGACUCAACACCUCCACUCUUUUUCGGUGUGAGCAGGAGGCUGAGCAGUCCUGAGAAGAUCAUCAACCUCCAAGAGCAGCUUCAACAGACUCUGCUGAGUAGCUGUAAGGCUGUGGUGGGUGGAGGAAGAGUAGACCAUUCCAGAAGAAUGUCAUUCUCAGCUCCUGCAUCCCCAAACCCAUCUUCUCAGAAAAAGUCGCAAAGGCUCUGUGUCCUUGCUCCAUCUAGUGGUCCACUCCCUCUCUGCUCUCCAACAAGCAUGGCCAAGCACCUUCCACCAGUGACAACCUCAGCAGUCACAAAAACUCAGCCAACAAAACUUUUCAAUGCAGUCACUGCGAGAUGUGCUGCUAAUGUGUCAUUCGCACCUCAUUUGUUGGCGAACCGUCAUUUUAAAGGAGCUCUGUCUUCCCCAAGCUCUGUUACCAAGUCAUUGGUUAGCACUGCUGCCUCAAGCAAAACCAACUCGACCUCAAGCAGUGACUCCAAUGUACCAGCGUCCUUAAAACCGAAAAGCCAAUUUUCUCCUGACGUGGUUGAUGCUGAACAUUCAGCUUCCUCUCCUUUGAUGGCCUCUAAAACUCCUGACUCCGGUGUCUUCAUGUGUUCUGACACAAAUCUCCAAAUCACUGCCUCGGACACAAGUGCCCCGAGUAAAGCGACUGUCCACAAAGCUGAUGUUUUCAGCGCGGUAAUAAAACCUAAUGGUGCUGAUCCUCCUGCGUGCGACGGCCUAGAAUUCACUACAUUCAAUUCACGUUCUUCACAACAAUCUCCCGAGGGAUCGUCAAAUAAGUUCCACGUUGAUCCAGACCAGAUGAGACCUUCAAGACCCAAGCCAGGCGCCCCAGCAGAGGUGUGCUCUGUGGAGGUCAUCAAACAAGUGGGUCACAGCAGCCUCCUGAUUGGCUGGGAAAGGCCUCCUCUAGAUGAGCUGGGCUGCAGUCAUGGCACCUUUGUGUAUGGUUACAGGGUGUUUGUGGAUGGGGAAUUCUACAAGUCUGUGAUGAGCUCAGCAUGCACCAAGUGUGUCCUGGAAAACGUGGAACUGACUUACCCACGUGAGAUCGGCAUCCAAACACUGGGCUCCAAUGGGCUGAGAUCAAACAGCGUACACACUGUGUAUAUGCCAUCAGCUUUUGCAGCCCGCUAACAGCAUCCUCGCAUCACAAGGAUGAUUGUCAUCACGACUGGACCAACUAAGGUCAACUCACCGCCAAGAAACAUGCUCUUGACCAUCCGUUGAGGAUUUUGGGGACUUGUGCUAAACACUGGACCUUUAGGAUUCCUGACAUGGUUUGCAUAAAUGCAGGUGACAGAUGUCAGAAUAUCGUCUUUUUGCACAGCAGUGCCACUUACUGGAUUUAUCAUAUUUUACAGCCAAUUAGUUAAAUCCUCAGAAAAUGGAUCCGUCCUUGUAAAUUCUAAACGUGAUCAGCUACCGGGAGAUGUUGGUGUCUCCCGCGCAUGUUUACACUGUGGUCGACACAGACGGGCAUCGUGUGUCUUAGUAAUUCACAGAAGAGCUCUGCUGCUGCUGCUGCUGCCGCCUCUGGAUGCUGUGACGCUCAUGACGCAUUUUUUUGUUUUCACCCCUAAGAAAGCAACACAAUGCAUCAUGUGCUGCCGACAAGCUUCGACCAGAGGCUUUUACUUUCAUUUUUACUCAACAAGCCAAAUAUGAGCUAGGAGGACAUUGAACUACAAAGACUGUGUUCUGGUGGAUAUGAAACAGAAUCUAUUUGAGUUUUUCAGCAUUUUGCACACAAUCCCGUAGAAAAGAUUAAUCACGUUCUUUGUUUCCUAAAAUUGACUUAACAUGUUUUUAAUAUUUCUAUACGGGUGUAGAGUAACAACGGUGCAACAAAUGUAUUUUUCUAUAAGUGAAUGAUAAUAUUGAUUAGCCAUUGACACCUCACAGCUGUACAGAGAAUAAAUGUCCGGCACUCAA